GUUCCUGGGAGAAGAGAAGACAAGGACCACUCAAAGCAGCUGCCGCUGCCCCAUGGCUCACCUGGGUGCACACUUGGCCUUCAGGGCCCGCUGGCAUAAGACUGACCAGGAGCUCUGCCGCCAUAGCCUAUCAUUCGUGCUGCACAGGGCUGUGAGCAAGGAUUUCUUCCAGAGUUACCUGCAGCUGCUGGAGACGCUCCCCCUAGUGAAACUGUACUCUUUGACAAGCCACGUCAUCAAUGGGGAGAUGCAAUUCUAUGCCAGAGCCAAACGGUUCUACCAGGAAGUGCCGGCCACCGAAGAGGGCAUGAUGGGGAAUUUCCUUGAACUGUCCAAUCUGGAUAUCCAGGCCUCACGGAAAUUUCUUGGGAAAUUCGUUGGGGGCCCUGGCCAGGCGGGCACAGGUUGUGCCCUAGACUGUGGCUCAGGCAUCGGGAGGGUCAGCAAGCAUGUGCUGCUGCCCGUGUUCUGCAGCGUGGAACUGGUGGACAUGAUGCCAUCCUUCCUUCUGGAGGCCCAGAGCUAUCUUCGGGCGCUAGGGCAUCGGGUGGAGAAUUACCAUUGCUGUAGCCUGCAGGACUUCGAGCUGAUCCAAAGCAGAUAUGAUGUCAUCUGGAUCCAGUGGGUUUCUGGCCACCUGACAGACAGAGACCUGCUAGCCUUCCUGUCCCGGUGCCAGGCUGGCCUGAGAGAAAACGGGGUCAUUAUCCUCAAGGACAAUGUGGCACGGCAGGGCUGCAUCCUGGAUGCGUCUGACAGCAGCAUUACUCGGGACAUGGCCACACUCCACAGCCUGGUGGCUCAGAGUGGGCUGGCAGUGCUGGGCCAGGAGCAGCAGGACGGCUUCCCCGAGCACUGUCUCCCGGUAUGGACCUUCGCCUUGUACAGUAAACCUGUGGGGCUCAAAGGUGCCCCCCACAGCCCUGCACGAAUGGACAGAGCUGGUCUGGAAAGGGCCACGAUGGGCACUGCUAAUAUCUAACAAGCAGAACAUCUUUUGAGGGCCUACAAUACAGGAAGAAGAGAAGCAUUGGAGUCAUCUCCCAGUGAGACUAUGUAUACACUUGGGGACUUUCCAAUACUUCCUACAGUGGGAGAUGGAGAAUGUCCAUGGGAGAGGGAGUGGAGUUCACACAGUCUAAACUGCUUUUGGUCUACACUGUGUUUGUAGGCUAAGGCCCAGAGCCCUCUCUGUCCUCACACUUACACUUCAUCCUUGUAAUCAUGACUCUCUUAAACAAUUAAUUCCCACAAUUCCCCCACCCCACCAAAUUAAGGAGGUGCCCAUGAAGAUACUCUUAUGGAAACAAGGCCAUGACUUAAUUUUGUCUUUGGUCUUUCUGUUGGUUAUUAAAAACCAAAAAA